CAGCAGGUAAGGGAGGAGGGACGUCUGGAGAAGGGCAGCGGCUCAGUCCGCGCGUGCUCGGCUGGGCGCUAACAUGAGAGGCUGGCAGAUAGUGUGUUUGAUGGUGGUGGUGACUGCGGCGGGGCACAGCGGGACUCAUGCGGCACAGAUUCUCCGGUACACAGAGUCCCGGCACUCCAGGAGCGAGGAGGGAGUACCGGGCAGCAAUGUCACCGGGGGCUGGAGCUGGGUGGACCACCAUGGGCAGCGCCGCCACGUAUGGUAUGUGGCUGACACUGGAGGGUUUAGGGCCUUUGGGGACAUAACACCACAGGGUGACUCUGCGCCCCUUCAUAUUGGUGUUCCCGUUGUGGUGGCCAUCCUUCCCGCCCCGCCACCCUCAAGGCCCCAGCUGAAGGGAAGCUCUGCAACACAGAGCACCCUGACCCUUGACCCUGCACAGGGAGGCAGCCAACAACAGGACUCAACAGGGACGAGGAUAGAGUCUGUCACCAUUCAAGCAGAACAUGAAAAGAUAACUCCAGUGACUGAUACAAACCUUCAAAAAAAUUUUGAAGCCUCUUUACAAGAUGGGAUAAUAGAGAAUCCAAAUGCUACAACAAGUGUUGGUCAGGAAAAAGAGACCAUUACUGCCACCACUGCUACCACCACCACCACAAGCCCUGCCAAGACUGCUUCUACCAAAACACAAGACUCGAUCACAGAGACACCUAUCCCUUGUGCAACUCACCCUCCCAGAACAAGCCCAAAUGGAGAGCCUCUGACUCCAACGGAUGAUACAAAACAUGGGUUGCCGAAGAGUUUGUCACCUGCUGAAUCAAAUUUCCAGAAGGAUAAAUCAACAGAUCACCUUCCCAUUGCCAGCUUUCUCACUGCUAAACAAAGCCCCAUCACUCCCUCAGACAACAACUUUGUAGCAUCAGUGUUUGAUAAGCUCAGCACAGUACUUGGGGCCCCUGCUGACAACAUGCAAAAGCCUCUCCUUCACAGUCAACAAGAGAAUGAAGUGGUUAGUGUCAGCAGUACCCCUGAGAUUGCCUUAAGCCCUCCUUCGGACUUUGUAUUAAUCAACCGCUUACGGGCACCAACUAUUCCAAAGCCCCGGGUGGGCACACAAAGACUAGUGCCCAAACCUGUGAGUGUGGUAGGCCGAACAGCCCCCGUCGUGAUGGGUCUCCACAGUUCUGGCAAGCCUUCCACUGUGACACCACAGACACAUGCUGCCAGUGACCUUGAACCUUUAGGGAUCCACCUGUUGAACUUGGUGCCAACCCCACAGAAAACUGUGACUGCAAACAGACCAGUGCCUCGGCCAGCACGGGUAGUUGGAGAGCCCAACUUGGACACCUUCUGGAGUCCAGCACGUGAGGCACGGAGAACAUCCCCACCCUUCAAACAAUCACGCCCAAGUGAAGACUACGACUAUUUGUAUUAUGAUUAUUAUGACUACACUGACACCGGAGGUGAAAACACUGGGGGGCCAGUGGGAAGUCCAUCUCAUAAAAUGAAAACUAAAACAGUUCGUAGUAAUAGUGAAGAAUACUCUUUAGAAACAGACUACUCAGGCAGUGAAGAGAGUGAAGACUCAAGUGAUAGUCAGUAAUGCAUUUCUCUGUGAUUUUAGGAAGGGGAUGUUUUAUACUCAGCAUAGGUACUAGUGAUCUAGUGCAGCUCUUGGUGAAGCUCUAACCAAAAACACAAAGGCAGGCUGCCCCUCACAGCAGAGAAGGAGGCUGAGUGAGGAGUGAGGGGCAGAGGCAAGCAGAAGACUGUGCAAGGGACAGAAGAAGAGGUCGGGUUGGUGACGAUGGAGUCUUUUGAGUUAUGCCAAGUGGAGAGUCUAGCCUUGAUGAAGUUAGUUUCUUCAGUUUCUCUUCAUGUAAAUAAACAAAACUGUAAUAAAAUAAUUCUAUGAACCAUAAAGGCCACUGAGUCUGGAGAAUCAACCCUAUGAAUGUCUACAGAAAUUGAUUUGCGACUUUGAAAAUGUGGAUUUGUUUUAAUGAUUGAAAAAUAAUCUAAGUGUGUGUGUGUGUGUGUGUGUGUUCAUAUGACAGUCCCUCCAGUUCUGGAACCAUCUUUGGUGCCAUCCUUUGUAUUCUUUGUAGUUUUUUCACGUGUUUCUUAUGGGGAGACAACACAGUUUCUGCAUAUUCCAACUUUGGUCUCAUCACAGUGGUAAUCACCUUUUUCAUCAUAUCUUUAUCCAUGUAGUGGAAUGCUAUUCCUAUAUUCCUUAGCAUUCUAUAUGUAUCCCCGAAUAUACUAUUUACAUGACUCACUGACUGUUGAUCAUCUUGUAUUAUCACUCCCAGAUCUCUCUCUUCUUGAGCUUGUAAUAUUUCUCCAUCUCCAUUCUAUAUGUCCAUUUUGGUCUCCCUUCACUCUUUCCCAUUUCCAUUAUAUGACACUUCUUCACAUUAAAUUCCAUCUCCCAUUUCUUACUCCAAUCCCAAAUCUUAUUUAGGUCUUCUUGCAGAAUUUCGAUCUUUAUUAUUUCUUAUGUGUCUCAGCAAUUUCGCAUCAUCCGCAAACAAACUCAUAUAUCUAUUUACUUUCUCCAGCAUAUCAUUUAUACUAGGAAAAAUAUUGGUGCCAAUAUCCGAUCCUUGAGGCACCCCACUGUUUACAUUUUUCCAUUCCGACUUCAUGUCCUUUACCACUGUUCUCAUUUAUCUUCCCUUUAAGUAACUUUCCAUCCAAUUUUUCAUUUUCCCUUUGAGUCCUCCUCUGUUUUCCAGCUUCCAUAAUAAUCUUGUAUGUGGAACUCUGUCGAAAGCCUUUUUCAAGUCUAAGUACACGCAGUCCACCCAUCCAUCCCUCUCCUGUGUUAUAUCCGUCACUCUCGAGUAAAAGCUCAAUAAGUUUGUUACACAUGAAUGCCCCUGUCUAAAGCCAUACUGUUUUUCUGUAAUGUCUGUCUGUGUGUGUAUGUGUGUGUGUGUGUGUGUGUGUGUAUUUACCUAUUUGUGGCUUACAAGGCACGAGCUAAGCUUGGAUAGUCCUGUCUCCUUGUCAAUAUUUGUCCAACCUCUCCUUCAUUUGAUGGACACUCCUCGCCUCCACAAUCUGUACCUUUAGACCAUUCUACUCAUCUACACUUCUGCAUGGGAAACUGUACUUUUUAUUUUGUUUAUGUUCCCCUUUUUCAGCUUCUUACUGUGUCCUCUCAGCCCCCUCUUCCCCUCUGUCACAACCAGGUCACUUGUAUCCAAUUCGUCCAGUCCACUAGUAAAUUUAUAAAAAGCUAUUAGAACUCCUCUCCUCAGUGUCAUCAGUUCCAUUUCUUCCAAUUUGUUCUCAUAUGGCAGACUCAACAACUCCGGUACCAUUUUGGUCGCUAUCCUCUGUAUCCUUUCCAGCUUCCUUAUAUCUUUUUCCUGUGGGGGGACCAAACCAACGCUGCAUAUUCCUGUCUUGGUCUUAUCAUUGCCAUUAUAAUUUUUUCAUCAUAUCCUUACCCAUAUAAUGAAAUGCCAUUCUAAUGUUUUACAACAGACUAUAUGUGUCUCCAAAUAUUUUAUUUAUGAGCUUAUCAGGGGUCAGUGUAUUAAACAAUCACUCCAAGGCCCUUUUCAUUGUUUACUGCAUCUAUAUUAUCUCACUCAUCUUAUAUGUUGCUAUGUGUUUGUUCUUACUCUUUCCCAUUCUCAUUAUAUGGCAUUUCUUUGUGUUGAGUUCCAUUUCCCACUGCUUGCUCCAUUCAUGUAUCUCAUUCAAGUCAUUUUGAACCCUCUCACAAUCUUCUUUUUCCUUUAUCCUUAGGAGCUUGACAUCAUCUGCAAACAAACUCAUAUAACUUGUCACUUUUUCCAGCAAAUCAUUCAUGUAUAUUAAAAACAUUAUUGGUGCCAGCACUGACCCCUGUGGCGCUCCACUCGUCACUGUUCUCCACUCUGAGUUUUCGUCCCUCACCACCUUUCUUAUUUCUCUGUUUAUCAUCAAUCAAUCCCUCAUCCAGUUCCUUAUACAUCCUCCCUCCUCUUCUGUGUUCCAGUUUCCAUAGUAAUCUAUUAUGGAGUACUUUGUCAAAUGCUUAUUUAAAAUCCAGAUAAUGCAAUCCACCCAUCCAUCUCUCUCCUGCACUAUGUCAAUUACUCUCGAGAAGAAUCAGACAAGUUUGUAACACAUGACCUUCCUUGUUGAAAACCAAACUGGCUGUUACUUAUUAUAAAUCUCUUCAUUUUCCAAGUGGUCAACCCAUUUCCUUUUGAUUACUCUUUCACAUAAUUUACAAACACUUGUGAGUGAGACAAGUCUCUUAUGUAGUGUUUUUUCUCUUAUUCCAUUUUUAUACAUGGGAAUUACAUUGGCCCUCUUCCAUUAUCUUGGUACUGCAGCAGUCCUAAUUGAGCAAUUUAUAAUGUCAUAAAUUGGCUCUAUCAGUUCUUCACAACAUUCCUUUAAUACUUGGCCUAAUAUAAUUAUCAUCUGGUCCCAUUGCCUUUUUGCCAUCCAGUGACUUCAUAAGGUUUAAUUAAUCAUAUCUGUCCACAUCUAUGUUUUCCAAUUUUUUAACUGUUCUUCCACCUAUCGUCAUGGGUUCAAAUUCAGACUCAUUAUUGAAUUCCUUUUGAAAGCUUUUGUCUGACACUUUUCUGAUCUUUUUCUCAUCAUACACCUGCUCAGUAUCCCUUAUCCUAAUUACACUCUCACUCUUUUUAGUUUAGUCUUAAGGUAUUGAUAGGACAAUUUUGGUUCACCCUUACAGUUUUCCACUAUGUUCUUUCAAAAAAAAUUCUUCUUCUCUUCUCACUCUUUUAUAUUCAUUUCUAAGAUGUUUAUAUCUUUCUUUGUUGGUUUCAUUCUUUCUUCUUUUCCAAAUUCUCCAAGGUCUAUCUCUAUUUUGUGUUACCUCAAAACAUCUUGCAUUAAACCAUUAAUGUUUUUCCAUUCUUCUUUACUACAUAGAAUGGCACACAUUCAUUUACUACUUCAUUAUACACCUUUAUGAAAUAGUCGUACUUCUCUUACACACACUUAUAAAUUGCUUCAUCGCCAUCCAGUUUCUGCUAUUAAAAAAAUCUGUUAUUUCCUUCUACUUUGCCGUGUUAUAAUUUCUCCUCUUAUUUUUAUGUUCUUUAACCCAUCCCCUGCAAAUGUCUGGGAUUUGGCCUUCACUGGUAGCCUGGUAACACAUACUCCCAUGUCUUUCUCUGGCUCUGUGGUGGAUAGUGGAGUGUUUCCCAUGUGGUAUUGGUAUGCUGGAUAUCCCCUCCCAAGGUGCAGGAAUUUACAUUUUUUUUCAUUGAAUUGUAACAGCCACUUUUUGUUCCAUUCCUGAAGCUUGGUAAUGUCUUCUGGUAGGAAAUCUGCAGUCAAGGGGUUAAAGUAAUCUUGAUAUUCUUCAUCCAGUUCGAUUUCCAGGAUUUCCUGGUCACUUUUCUAAAUGGGCAUUCAUGUUUCACUUCUGAUAUCUGAGUCCUCUUUGUAAAUAUUAAAUCCAGUCUUGCUGGUUCAUCUCUACCUCUAUGUCUAGUUUCCUCCUCUACCCAUUGUGUCAAGGUUACUCUCUAUCAUUUCCAGUAACUUUUCUCCCCAUGUAUUUUCAUCUCCUGCUUCAAACAACUCCCAGUUCACUCCCUUGCAAUUAAACUCUCCAAUAAGCAUAACACUUCUGGUAUCAUAUUUCUUUAUCCAACACAAGCACUGUAUCCUCUAUCAUCCUCACAUAUCCUUUAUCCAGUGUGUCGUGUGUGUAUGUGUGUGUGCGUGUUAUUCACCAUAGCAUGAUCACGAGUUGUACUCGUCAUCACAAGCAAGUACCCUCCUGUCAAGAGCCAGGCUCAUUAUAGUCGAUCUCUGGGAAAUGAUGGGACCUCCCACACCACACACCCCAUCCCCCUUGCUCAAGGGGGAAAUAAAUGCUCCUUUUUCAGCGGAAAAAUCUAAGCCUGAGCGGGGCUCAAACCUCCUCCUGUCAGGCUGCAAAGCAUGGGAGGGAAGAGCUUUAACCGAUUGAGCUAUUGGAUCGAUGUGUGUGUGUGUGUGUGUGUGUGUGUGUGUGUGUGUGUGUGUGUGUUUUCACACAUCAGUAAGCUGUGGGAGCAGUACAUUUCUUGAUGAUAGUAAUGGAUAGGAAUUCUGUUUAAGAUAUGCUAAGUGCAUAAUAAAAAAUAUGCUACACACUAUGAUCCAAGAAAACCUCUUGAUUACUGCAUACCAGCUUAAUAUCUUGAUAAAGCACUUUGAGAUCUCUUAGGAUAUGCUACAUGCAUAAUGAGUAAUAUAUUAGACACAUUAUGAUUCAAGAAUAACUCUUAUUAAAGAACUUCAAGAUUUCAACGGAUAAAAAAGUUCUUAACUAGACAAAACAGAUGUGCUCACAUUCAUGUAAUUAUAAAAAGAUAAAGGUAAGGUUGGAGGCAUAAAGUACACCAAAAAUGUGCAUGGCCUCGGUGCUCAGCAUUAUCACAUUGGCCCUUGACCUAGUAGCAGGAAAAAACAUUACCUCAGGACACGGCCAGUGUGACACCUGGGUUACCACAGUUUACCUUUCCCAGGUUUCCCCAGGUACCCAUUUAUUGACCAGUCCAAAAGGGAGGAUGAACAGCUGGGUGGGCUGUGUGCUGACUGCCCAGGCCGGGAUUCAAACCCAGGCCCAUGAAUUUGUAGCUAGCCAUACUAACCACUUCACCACAGAGGCAAAUGUACUACUGUAAUAUUGAGCAUGCUUACAAUGCAACAUUUUCACCUAUUUGUGAAUAAAAAUCAUCACUUAUG